UACACGCACCUUUGCAAACAAGCUCCGAUUGGGCUUAUGCGUCUUGGGCCUAAGAAGAUGGGUUGGGCUACGCAAAUCAACAACAGCUGUUCUCUUUUUUUUUUUGCCAAGGUUACCUUUUAUUAGUUUCAAUUGCAACAGAAAGUAAGUACUAUUCAACUAUGACUUGAAUGCAGUAUCUGGAAACUUAUGGGAACAUGCACAAUAACAACAAAUCCAAGAAGAAUAACUUCCCAUUAAUGACAUUACCUUCAACGUAAAGCAGCGUUGAACAGUUUCAGAUUAGAGAGCAGUCCCCUAAUCUUAUAUCUGGGGAGGUCAUCUUUUUGUUCAAAUCUCUAGAAGUGAGGAAAAGAAUAUGCCAAACCCAUUGCAGAAAUCGUUGCAUGGUUACCUGUCAAAGAUAAAAAAAGAGACAGGGAAGCUGCAAGUGUCGAACUCAUUCUCAUCAUCGAAGAAGUGGGUGCUUGCUGGCUGUAAGCAUCCCAAGAAGCUCUCCUUCUCCUUCAAACACAGACGACGCCCCAGCAAGACUAGAUUCAACGACGACCACGUUUACCAGGAUCCCGGUCACGCCGCCACCUUGUCCGACAUAGACCGUUUCCUUGAGGAAAACUUCAAAUCCCUCUGCAUCAGAGAUGAGGAGGGGGAGGAGGAUGCCAAAAGCAAGGGGAAAAGGGAACAACAGUCCUCCUCCUCAGAUGAAGACGACAGUGAUGACUAUAGUCACAGAUUCGAGAGGACAUGGGGACCGGCCGUCUACGACUCCCCCAAACUGCCUAGGACAGAGAGACUAUCUCCACCGCCUGGAUCAUCGGAGGGUAGGGCCAGCAUGUAUACCACAUCGGAGGAGGGACCUUCCUCGUCGAGGUCCAAAUCAUCCAGCUUGGUGCUGCCUGAGAAGUGCAUCGCGGUGCUGAGGUACACUGAAGAGCCUCAGGAGGAUUUCAAGAGGUCGAUGGUGGAGAUGAUGGAGUCCAAGUUAGGAGGGAGCGAGGUGGACUGGGACUUGAUGGAAGAGCUUCUCUUCUGCUAUCUCGAUCUCAACAACAAGAAAUCACACAAGUUCAUACUCAGCGCAUUCGUAGAUCUCAUCAUCUCUCUCCGUGACAAGGAGAAGAGUAUCACCAGGAAAGGCCUCGUCAGGUCGCUCAGUACUCGCGCCGCCAGGGAGAGGCUUAGGAAGAGGAUGGCCUCCAGCGACGCCUUUCGCAACUAACUCAUGCCUUUUUUUCUUUGUUGUAAUUCAAAACGUUCCAUCAACUGAACAAAACAAAAUAAUAAUUACUUUUGUUCUUCUCAGAGUUUA